AUGGUGAAAGAUAUACCUGUACCCCUCCAAAAUUACAAGACGUCUUCUGUAAUAAUGGACGGUUAUAUACACGCUGGUCAAGUCCUUCCAGCCCAAACUAUUCUACAGCCGUUGCAACAGCCUUUGAUAAUGGAUGCAAACGGUGCUGCUCAACCAACUACAUUCGCCGUCCAGGCCAGUGAUGGUAGCCUAAUCCCAGUUCAACUAGCUACGUCUGCUGGUGGGGGUCAGGUUAUCAUGUUCCUUCCAAGUGCAGCUCAGCAAACAAUUUACACAACUCAGCCUAUAGUGUCUGCUGCAACCACUUCUUUGGACGCUAAUCUUACUUCGGCUCAAGGGCAGAUUAUAGGGACAACAGUUGAAGACGAAACUCACAUACUUCAACAAUUACAGCAGUCUUCGCAAGUCCAGGUUAUUCAUCAGACCCAGUCUGGAUUAUCUCAAGCCGUUUCAAACACUCAAGUUGUCCAGGUUUCUAGUCCGCAACCUGAAACUGCUAUCGGUCAGCAGGGAAUGUCCACACAAGCAUCCUCAACAAUAUCACCUGGUCUUACUCCUGGUGGUGAAGAACCUCUUUACGUUAAUGCUAAACAGUACCACAGGAUUCUAAAGCGUCGCCAAGCACGAGCGAAAUUAGAGGCACAAGGCCGCAUUCCGAAGGAAAGGCGGAAGAUUGUAAAACUAAGAUUUUGUCUAAUUGACAUCCUGAUUAUACGCUGCUAA